AGGUGUGAAGAGGGAAACAAGGAGCCUAGGAGUUCAGAUAAAGGAAGUUGGGGGCGAAUGACCACACGAUCCCGGUACCAGAAGGGAAAAGAGCUCCGGGCACUGGGCGAGGCGGGGUGGUGGUGGUGGUGUUCACUAGCCAACAGCCCAGGCAGCGGUGGCAGCGCCGCGGCGGGAGGGGCGGGCAGCGGACGCAGUUUUCCGCCCCUCGGUCUCCGGGUAACAGCUGCGGCUCCGCCAGACCCACCUCCCCGGGGGAGGCCGCCGAGCGCAGAUCCUAAGCGAGUCCGGAGCGGCCAGCACCCGUCUCAGCGCGCUCAUCCCGCGGGCUGGCGGGGUGGUGACUCCUGCUCAGGUCAUGCUGUUGUCUCCUGAUCCAGCUGGCCCUACCAGCCUUUCUUCCUGACAGGUGACCAUGCCUACCCUUGGCCCAGCUCUUCUCCAGACACUCUGGGCUGGGUGGGUCCUCACCCUCCAGCCCUCUCCACCAGCUGUUUUCACUGCCAAUGGCACACAUCUGCAACACCUGGUGAGGGAUCCCACAUCAGGCACCCUCUAUCUAGGGGCCACCAACUUCCUGUUUCAACUGAGCCCUGAGCUACAGCUGGAGGCCACAGUGUCUACAGGUCCUGUGCUAGAUAGCAGGGAUUGCCUGCCGCCUGUGAUGUCUGAUGAGUGCCCCCAGGCCCAACCUACCAACAACUCCAACCAGUUGCUCCUGGUGAGCCCAGGAGCCCUGGUGGUGUGCGGGAGUGUGCACCAGGGCGUCUGUGAGCAGCGGAGCCUGGGACAGCUUGGGCAAUUGCUGCUGCGGCCAGAGCGGCCUGGGGACACCCAAUAUGUGGCCGCCAACGACCCCGCAGUCAGCACAGUGGGGCUGGUGGCCCAGGGGUUAGCAGGGGAGCCCCUCUUGUUUGUAGGGCGGGGAUACACUAGCAGGGGUGUGGGGGGUGGUAUCCCCCCUAUCACAACCCGGGCCUUGCGACCACCAGACCUCCAAGCUGCCUUCUCCUAUGAAGAGACAGCCAAGCUGGCAGUGGGCCGCCUCUCUGAGUAUAGCCACCACUUUGUGAGUGCCUUUGCCCAUGGAGCCAAUGCCUACUUUCUAUUCCUGCGACGGGACCUGCAGGCUCAGUCUAGAGCUUUCCGAGCCUAUGUGUCUCGAGUGUGCCUCUGGGACCAGCACUAUUACUCCUAUGUAGAGUUGCCUCUGGCUUGCCAGGGUGGCCACUAUGGGCUGAUCCAGGCUGCGGCUGUGGCUGUAUCCCAGGAGGUGGCUCGUGGGGAGGUGCUCUUUGCAGCCUUCUCCUCAGCAGCUCCCCCCACUGUGGGCCGUCCUCCAUCUGCGGCUACUGGGGCAUCUGGAGCCUCUGCACUCUGUGCCUUCCCUCUGGAUGAGGUGGACCGGCUUGCUAAUCAUACACGAGAUGCUUGCUAUACUCGGAAGGGCCGUGCUGAGGAUGGGACUGAGGUGGCCUACAUUGAGUAUGAUGUCAAUUCCUGCUGUGACCAACUGCCAGUGGACACCCCAGAUGCUUAUCCCUGUGGCUCAGAUCACACACCCAGCCCUAUGGCCAGCCAUGUCCCUUUGGAAUCCACACCAAUUCUAGAGUUGCCGGGGGUUCAGUUAACAGCUGUGGCAGUAACUGUAGAGGAUGGACACACCAUUGCCUUCUUGGGUGACAGUCAAGGACAGCUGCACAGGGUCUACUUGGGCCCGGAGAGUGAUGGACACCGAUACUCCAUACAGAGCAUUCAGCAGGGGUCUGCAGUGAGCAGAGACCUCACCUUUGAUGGGACUUUUGAGCACCUGUAUGUUAUGACCCAGACUACACUUGUGAAGGUUCCUGUGGCUUCCUGUGCUCAGCACCUGGACUGUGCAUCUUGCCUUGCUCACAGGGACCCAUACUGUGGGUGGUGUGUGCUCCUUGGCAGGUGUAGUCGCCAUUCAGAGUGCUCAAGGGGCCAGGGGCCAGAGCAGUGGCUAUGGAGCUUCCAGCCUAAGCUGGGCUGUUUGCGAGUGGCAGCCAUGAGUCCUGCCAACAUCAGCCGAGAGGAGAGGAGGGAGGUUUUCCUGUCGGUGCCAAACCUGCCACCCCUGUGGCCCGGGGAGUCAUAUUCUUGCCACUUUGGGGAGCAUCAGAGUCCUGCUCUGCUGACUGGUUCUGGUGUGAUGUGCCCUUCCCCAGACCCUAGUGAAGCCCCAGUGCUGCAGAGAGGAGCCGACCACGUCUCCGUGAGUGUAGAGCUCAGAUUUGGCGCCGUGGUAAUCACCAAAGCUUCCCUCUCCUUCUAUGACUGUAUGGCAGUCACUGAGCUCCACCCAUCUGCACAGUGCCAGGCUUGUGUGAGCAGCCACUGGGGGUGUAACUGGUGUGUCUGGCAGCACCUGUGCACACACAAGGCCUCGUGUGAUGCUGGGCCUAUGGUGAUGAGCAAACAGAGCCCACUUCUCUCCCUAGCCCCUCCUGUAAGAGAUGUACCCACCCCCGUCCCACCCACAGCCCCUAUAUCCAUAGUCACUCCUGUUCCUGACACUUUUCCUGUGGACCCAGGAGCCACAAACUCAGAUGUCCUGAUUGGGGCCAGACCCUUGGGGCCAUGGGCAGGUCCUGGUCCCUUACCUUCCACCUCCUCUAUAGAAUCACCUCUCCAUGAGAAACCCUUCCUUCCCAACCUCCCCACCAUACCUGGAACCACUGUUCCUGCCCUCACUAACUUGGGACCUGCGGCCACACCUGAGGACCUCUCAGCCUCCCACCCAUCACCCUCAGAUGCAGCAGCAGUGCCCCCUGCAGAGCCUGGCCCUGAGACCCUUCCCUCCACGGUGGUCCUGGAUCAGCCACCUGGCACUGUGCCUGCCACCACUUUCCCAGGGGCCACUGGCUCCACGAAGCCCGCUCUGGACUGGCUCAUGAGAGAAGGUGGCGAGCUGCCCGAGGCCGACGAGUGGACAGGGGGUGACGUGCCCGCCUUCUCCACUUCCACCCUCCUCUCAGGUGAUGGAGACUCAGCAGAGCACGAGGGCCCUCCUGCCCCCCUCAUCCUCCUGUCCAGCCUCGACUACCAGUACGACACCCCCGGGCUCUGGGAGCUGGGAGAGAUGAAUUGGGGGGCAAGCUCCUGCCCGUGUGUAGAGAGCGUUCAGGGCUCCACAUUGAUGCCUGUCCACGUGGAACGAGAAAUUCAACUGCGAGGCAGGAAUCUGCGCCUUUUCCAGGACAGCCCAGGAGACAAUGAAUGUGUGUUGGAGCUGGAGGGCCUUGAAGUGGUGGUUGAGGCCCGGAUUGAGUGUGCGCCGCCUCCAGAUACCUGGUGCCAUGUCACAUGCCAACAUCACCAGUUUAGCUAUGAGGCUCUGCAGCCAGAGCUCCAGGUGGGGCUGUUUCUGCGCCGGGCUGGCCGCCUACGUGUAGACAGUGCUGAUGGGCUGCAUGUGAUACUAUAUAACUGUUCCGUGGGCCACGGGGACUGCAGCCGCUGCCAAACUGCCAUGCCCCAAUAUGGUUGUGUGUGGUGUGAGGGGGAGUAUCCACGUUGUGUGACCCAGGAGGCCUGUGGAAAGGCUGAGGCUGUGGCCACCCAGUGCCCUGCACCUCUCAUCCACUCUGUGGAGCCACUGACUGGACCUAUAGACGGAGGCACCCGUGUCACCAUCAGGGGAUCCAACCUGGGCCAACAUGUACAGGAUGUAUUGGGCAUGGUCACGGUAGCUGGAGUGCUCUGUGCUGUGGAUGCCCAGGAGUAUGAGGUCUCUAGUAGUCUUGUGUGCAUCACUGGGGCCAGUGGAGAGGAGGUGGCUGGUGCUGCUACAGUGGAAGUGCCAGGAAGAGGGCGUAGCAUCUCUGAGCUCAACUUUGCCUACCAGGACCCAAAGGUGCAUUCCAUCUUCCCAGCCCGUGGCCCCAGAGCUGGGGGCACCCGCCUCACCCUGCAUGGUUCCAAGCUACUGACUGGGAGGCUAGAGGAUAUCCGAGUGAUGGUCGGAGACCAGCUUUGUCACUUGCUGGAGCAGCAGUCAGAGCAGCUGCAGUGUGAGACCAGCCCACACGCCAUACCUGCUAUGCUUCCUGUAACUGUGUGGUUUGGGACCACUGAGCGGAGUCUUCAGCAUGGCCAGUUCAAAUACACAUCAGAUCCCAAUAUCACCUCUGCUGGCCCCACCAAGAGUUUUCUCAGUGGAGGACGUGAGAUAUGGGUCCGUGGCCAGAAUCUGGAUGUGGUGCAGACACCAAGAAUCCGAGUAACUGUGGCUCCAGGAGUGCUGCAGCCCAGUCAGGGGCAUGGACGGAGGCGCCGUGUGGUCCUGGAGACAGCGUGUUCCUCUGGAACCUCCUGUGGCAGUCAUCGUUUUGAAGAGCCAUGUUAUGUGAACUCCUCCCAGCUCAUCUUGUGCCGCACACCUGCCCUCCCAGGCCUGCCUGAGGACCCCUGGGUCCGGGUAGAAUUUGUCCUCGACAACCUGGUCUUUGACUUUGCAACACUGAGCCACACACCCUUCUCCUAUGAGGCUGAUCCCACUCUGCAGCCCCUCAACCCUGAGGACCCCACCGUGCCAUUCCGGCACAAACCUGGAAGUGUGUUCUCUGUGGAGGGGGAGAAUCUGGACCUUGCAAUAUCCAAGGAGGAGGUGGUGGCCAUGAUAGGAGAUGGCCCCUGUGUGGUGAAGACACUGACCCGGCACCAUCUGUACUGUGAGCCCCCUGUGGAGCAGCCUCUGCCACGGCACCAUGCCCUACGGGAGGCACCUGAUGUUUUGCCUGAGUUCACGGUGCAGAUGGGGAACUUGCACUUCUCCCUGGGUCAUGUACAGUAUGACGGCGAGAGCCCUGUGGCUUUUCCUGUGGCAGCCCAGGUGGGCUUGGGGGUGGGUGCUACUCUUCUGGCUCUGGGUGUCAUCAUCAUUGUCCUCAUGUACAGGAGGAAGAGCAAGCAGGCCCUGAGGGACUAUAAGAAGGUUCAGAUCCAGUUGGAGAAUCUGGAGAGCAGUGUGCGGGACCGCUGCAAGAAGGAGUUCACAGACCUCAUGACAGAGAUGACCGAUCUCACCAGUGACCUUCUUGGAAGUGGCAUCCCCUUCCUUGACUAUAAGGUGUAUGCUGAGAGGGUCUUCUUCCCUGGGCACCGGGAGUCGCCUUUGCAUCGGGACCUUGGUGUGCCUGAGAGCAGGCGACCCACUGUGGAACAGGGCCUGGGUCAGCUCUCCAACUUGCUCAACAGCAAGCUUUUCCUUACUAAGUUCAUUCAUACACUGGAGAGUCAGCGUACCUUCUCUGCUCGGGACCGUGCCUAUGUGGCAUCUCUGCUCACUGUGGCCCUGCAUGGGAAGCUUGAGUACUUUACUGACAUCCUUCGCACCUUGCUUAGUGACCUCGUAGCCCAGUAUGUGGCCAAGAACCCCAAGCUGAUGCUGCGCAGGACAGAAACUGUGGUGGAGAAGCUGCUCACCAACUGGAUGUCCAUCUGUCUCUACACCUUUGUGAGGGAUUCAGUUGGGGAACCUCUGUACAUGCUCUUUCGAGGGAUUAAGCAUCAAGUGGACAAGGGGCCAGUGGACAGCGUGACUGGCAAAGCUAAAUACACUCUGAAUGACAACCGCCUACUCAGAGAGGAUGUGGAGUACCGUCCCCUGACCUUGAAUGCACUGUUGGCUGUGGGACCUGGGGCAGGAGAGGCCCAGGGUGUGCCUGUGAAGGUCCUGGAUUGUGACACCAUCUCCCAAGCCAAGGAGAAGAUGCUGGACCAGCUUUAUAAAGGCGUGCCUCUUGCCCAACGACCAGACCCUCGCACCCUGGAUGUUGAAUGGCGAUCUGGGGUGGCUGGACACCUCAUCCUUUCUGAUGAGGAUGUCACUUCUGAGGUCCAGGGUCUGUGGAGACGCCUGAACACCCUGCAGCAUUAUAAGGUUCCAGAUGGAGCAACUGUGGCCCUUGUUCCCUGCCUCACCAAACAUAUACUCAGGGAAAACCAGGAUUAUGUCCCUGGAGAACGGACUCCAAUGCUGGAGGAUGUAGAUGAGGGGGGCAUCCGGCCCUGGCACCUGGUGAAGCCGAGUGAGGAACCAGAGCCGCCCAGGCCUCGGAGGGGCAGCCUUCGGGGCGGAGAGCGUGAGCGAGCCAAGGCCAUCCCUGAGAUCUACCUGACUCGCCUGUUAUCCAUGAAGGGCACCCUGCAGAAGUUUGUGGAUGACCUGUUCCAGGUGAUUCUCAGUACCAGCCGCCCUGUGCCUCUUGCUGUGAAGUACUUCUUUGACCUGCUGGAUGAGCAGGCCCAGCAGCACGGCAUCUCUGACCAAGAUACCAUCCAUAUCUGGAAGACCAACAGCCUGCCACUGAGGUUCUGGAUCAAUAUAAUCAAAAACCCACAGUUUGUGUUCGAUGUGCAGACGUCUGAUAACAUGGAUGCAGUGCUCCUUGUCAUUGCACAGACCUUCAUGGAUGCCUGCACCCUGGCUGACCACAAACUGGGCCGGGACUCCCCCAUCAACAAACUUCUGUAUGCUCGUGAUAUUCCCCGUUACAAAGGCAUGGUGGAAAGGUACUAUGCAGACAUCAGACAGAACGUCCCAGCCAGUGAUCAAGAGAUGAACUCUGUCCUGGCUGAGCUGUCCCGGAACUACUCUGGUGACCUCGGGGCACGAGUAGCCCUUCAUGAACUCUACAAGUAUAUCAACAAAUACUAUGACCAGAUCAUCACUGCCCUGGAGGAGGAUGGCACGGCCCAGAAAAUGCAACUAGGCUAUCGGCUCCAGCAGAUUGCAGCUGCUGUGGAAAACAAGGUCACGGAUCUCUAGGAACCAAGGGAGCCCUGGCCUGCUGUUGCCUCAACCCUGCCUGGACAGUCCUGGAACCUUAAGGAGAGAUCACCUUCUUAGAUGCCUAUAGUGACUGACAAGCAGGUUUAGUGGAAGGUGGCUCCUAGUCUUCUGGUGGCUCUGGCCUUGGCCCUGCUAGACCCACUUGUAGACCUGGGACCUCGAAGCUCAUGAGGUGAUGCCUGGCUUGCUCCCUGAGCUCAGUAGCCCUGUGUGCUACUUCUGUGUGACACCAGCCUGCUUGGAUUUGUGACUAAGGGUUUCCUGAGUGGAAGGGCCUCCAGACCCCUGGGGAGACAGACUGUACUAUUCCCGAGCACUGGCCUUUGUCCCAACAGGAUUCAGAGACUUUCUGUUCUCUAUCAUCCCUGACCUCGGUUUAGCUUCCUCUGUCCUUGUUGCUGCUGUCACAUCCAAGGUCUCUGAGAUAAAUGCCUUUCCUAGGCCACUGCAAACUGACCCCUCAGCAUGGCUGGCUGCCUUAAGGCCAUCCUAUCUUCCAGGCAGCCAGUAGUGUGGGGUAUCUACUGAGGGGGUCUUGGGGAGAAGGGUGGCCCACUGACUCAGCACUUCAUUAAAGGAUAACACUGAGUAUACUCUGAUGUGUGGGCUUACCCAGCCCCUCCCAUAGUAUGAGGGUGGCAGCUGUGCCUGGCAGGCACAGAGGUAUGUAUGUUAGCAGGUGGACUCUACCCUGGAAGGGUCUUGGGGUCCCUACUAAUGACCCCUCAUUGCAUAUCUGGCUGGCUGUCCUUGGCUCCUGGGACCAAAACUUCUGGGAAGGGAGAACUCUAUCUGUCUAGGACCAGGUUGGGUGAGGCCUGUGACCUGAGGUGGAAGGGUCCACCAUCUCUUCAACUUAAGUUUUAUAACUUCUGUACUCAUGUUCCAUUUAUUUUGAAAGGAAUUGGGAAAGGAUGGUAUUAUUACAGGUGACUCCAGGCAGCAUGGGUCUUGAGGGCCCUUUUCUGUGGCCCCAUUUCUGGACCUUUGGUUUCCAAGUCAAGGCAUCUUAGGGCAAGAGCUCAACCCAAUUGCCUACCUCCAUGAAGGCCAGCUUGGGUGGUUUUACCUGAUAUAUAGCUGGAGAUGAUCUUUGAGACUGUCCUAGUGGGGUCUUACAUUGCUAGCUGGGUCAGUAGUACUGGUGUUGAUGGUCCUGUGACUGAGACUUCCCUCAGCAGACCAGUCCCUCACUGAACAAAGGUGGAAUUAGGGCUCUUCAUCUCUGAGGUCCUUUUUGCUUACUCCUUAUAACCCUAGAACCCUCAGCCUCCCCUUGGGGUCUUCCUUAAGGGUUUGAAGAGGCAGGCUGAUAUAAUUCCAGGAGUCCUUUUGCUGCCUCUCUUUGGUGCCCAAAGCCAUCUGUAAAGUUCUUGUCUUUAAGGCAACAGGACCCACAUUGGUCUUGUCCAUGCCAGGGAUAGUCAUAGUUGCUGUUCUGUUAGCUCUAAUGUCUCUCCUGCAUUUCUGCCAGAUGUGGGUCAGACCACAGUCAGACACAUUAGCAGUCAGGGGUCAUCAUUUGGGAGCAUGUGAACUUUAGUUCUUCAAGUGGGUACCACAGCCAGGUUUUUAUAGUCACCCAGAAUGGUUCUUAUGCUCCCCCAGUAAUUGCAAUGGUAACUAUGGAGCUGACAGUUUCAGAGAGCAGAGUGGAUGGAGAAUGCAGUUUGGGGUGGACUUAAGGCAGGCACAGGGAAGGAGGCAGCCUUGGUCAACACCACAAAGACCACAAAGUCAAGCCUUCAUUCCAUACUCAGGCCUAUGCAAAUUUUAGAGGCCUUUAACUGGAGAUGAGGGCUUCCAGGAGAGGAAGGCCAAGUAUCUGCAUACCUGGCACAUGUACAUGGGAGGGGUGAAUAUUGAACAUGCUCUGAGUCACUCAGUUUUGUGUCUCGCCUUUACAAAACGUUUGUUUUGUGGUGCCGGGGAUCAAAUACAGGGCCUCCUGUGUGCUAGGUAAGCACUCUAACACUGAGCUACAUCCCCAGCCGAGAACAUUGUUGUAAUAAAAGAUGUAUAAAGAAAAAAAAUUCCUACCACAAUAAGAUAGAAAACUCUUCCAGUCUUCACUCAAACACCAUGGCUCACAAUGGAGUUGCCAUCACUGACAGGACUUCAUGAUUGUUCACUUGGGUCCAGUCCACAAUUUCAAUGUAGAAUGUUUGUAAUUUGGUUUUUCUUACCAAGAUUGCCAAGGUGUGCUCUCAUUACUGUUUUCUACAAGCCUGUUAGCAUAAAAAGCACCUUUUUUCUCAAUAUCACCUAGGACUUCUUAGGGAAUUUAUGGAGCAACUUGCUUUAUUAAAAUAGCUUUCACUAAUUAAAAUAUUGGCAUAAUUGUCCAAAUGGUUAGAAGAUCCAGGAGGUCUGUUUUUUAUUUUUUGAUAUUGAAAGAACCAUGUGCUAGUCAAUGUAAUAACUGAAUUUGUGCUGAUACAUUUUGGAAUCUCUUUUUUAAAAUUGUUCUGUUUAGUUAUACAUGACAGCAGAAUGCAUUUUGAUCCAUUGUA